AGAUGAAAGCCAAAUCGGAAUUCCACCCCUAUCUUUUGGAGGACUUUGACAUGUUGGCAAGCAUCACAUUGUCUUUUAUAGCACAGCAGAGAGGGCCAGGCCAGAUGCACGUUCACUUGCAUGAUGCUCUUCCCUAGUGUUGACCCUUCACCAGUUGGACGGAUAUUUGAAAUCACUCAUAGGACAAGGCAAUCGACUAUAGUGUGAUCCAUUUUAGAUGGAUGGUUAUAGACUGGGAAUCACUCAUAAGCAGCAGCAGGCGAGGCGAGCUAACCUAUAACUGAUAUUGGAUGCUAGUGGUUUUUUCAAUUUAAAUGCAACGAUAUGCCUUACAACUCUCAGGUGGAUGCCCCAAACUGUAAUUGUUGAGCGUACUCAAUGGUUGGAAGUUCAAUAAGGUAUAGACAAAAAAUGGGAUCAUAUUGACUGUUUGAAACCAUUUAUGGCAAACCUAAUGCCUGGAAGGUCUUGAGGGUAUUGGGCGAAAUCGGGAUCCCAUUGGUUGUUUGGUGCCAUUCAGGGAAAACCCAAUCAUUCAUUUAGGGCAAACGCGACGCCCGGAAGCUGUAAAGUGAGCUGAUAAAAUUUGGGUUUCUAUUAGUUUUUUGGAAGAGUGGAUGGUGAAAUCAGCAUUGUGUUCUCAGUUGAAACUCAGCAUUGAUGACUAGAAAUGCCGAAGGGUACUUAUGAAAUAGAGUGAUGAAUCGGAGUUUGUCUUUUGGUUCAAGGCUAGAGCUUAAUUUUAGGCCAGAUGUUACAGCCCUUAGGAGAUGGGUUGUCGGUUUCUGCAUCAUACGAUUUGAUUUGGAGCAGGGACAGGUUAUUGAGGAGUGUUAUCCUUCGGGCGCUCUCAGCCCUGAAGAGGAGCUGGAUGUCGCCUUCAGUUCAUUUCCGGAUUCUAUGUCACAGUCUCAUAACCGGUCCAGCAUUCAUGAUUGUAUGUUCUUUUUCCGGGUUCGGAGGAGAGGAACAAUUUCAACUGCCACCCGUUCCGCCAGGUUGAGAAAGUCUGUUUCCACCGGUCGUGGAGGAAUAGAUGAGAUUAAUUCAUCUUCAGACGUUCCUGGGUUGAUCCGUGAAGAAGAGGAAGGGCCUCCACAAAAUGUUGCCUCCAAAGAAGAGGCGGAAAGAACUUCCAACUCCAGUGAAAAUUCUUUAGGCGAGCUGGAUUGCAAAACUUCUUUUGUGGGGUCUGGAAACAAUUCUGCAGUCCAAGCCGAUGGAACUUUGGAUACUGACAGUGGAGCAGGGUGGCCAAAAUUCUACGUUCCUAAAAUUCUUGCAGGCGUUUUAUCUCCCAGGUUCAGGGAGGAAGUUGUAUCAGAAAAAACUCAUCUGGGCUCUCCACAGUCAAACAUCUCCAAGCUUGGGCCAUCUCUGUCCAUAGAGCAAAGCAAUGCUGACUUAUGUGUGAAUGAGAGCCCUAAAAGUAUUGUAAGGACAAGCAGUAGGGGCGUUCCAGGGAGUGGAGGCCCUGAAUAUUUGUAUGGAUAUGUGUUCAACAGGCAAAGACAAGAUGAAAAACUGAAACGAGGCGGAGAGCAAAAAUCUGUGGUUAUUCUAUCACAUAGACCUUAUCUGAGUUUAUUUAAGCCUCUUUUACAGAUCUUAGCUCCCUUAUAUUUUGAUGUUGGCAAACGAGCACUUGAACAUGUUGCUACAUAUGUUUCACGGUGGCCUAGACCUGUUCCUGGGAAAUUCAUGGAAUUACCAAUAGGAAAUGCAACCUUGAAAGUUCACCUGCCUCCUGCACACACAUUGCCUUCUGGAUGUGGGAUCUCUGAGGACGAGUUUACUUCAGCAAUGGCUCCUGUAGGCCCUUUGAAUCAAUCUAUUCCUCAAGGAAUUUUCCACGAGGCCGAUAUAUUUGGAAUCUUCAGAGGGAUUCUGUUGCAGUUAUGGGUGCUUUGGGAGCUCCUUUUGAUUGGAGAGGCAUUACUUGUGAUUGCACCAACUCCAUCUCAGUGUUGCGAAGCUGUUGCUGGCCUCGUGGGUUUGGUGGCACCUCUUCCAUGUAAUAUUGAUUUUCGUCCAUAUUUUACUAUCCAUGAUCCAGACUUUUCCUUGCUGAAUUCACCGAAGGAAGGUGAACAGGCUCCUCCCAUGAUUCUGGGUGUCACAAAUCUUUUUUUCUUGAAGGCUCUUAGAAACCUUCCUCAUGUUGUAUCAGUAGGCAGUUCUCUUUCAAAUGCUAACAGGCUUUGCCUUGUUCCUAAACCAUCUAAUGAAAAUAAUGGCAAUCGAGGAAGAGCACAGCUACAGGUUUCACCUCUGGGAAGAUUCUCUCCUGCAAAUUUGCUGAAGGUUGUAAAGGUCAGGAGAGAUGGACCUCUUAGUCUCAUGUCUGAGCACAAAGAAGCAGUUUGGACUAAAUAUGUGGCCACAACUAAGCCAGACACUUCCAUUUUAAAUAGACUUGUUGAUGCUGGCAUGUCUCCAAGAAUCGAGGAAUCAAUGUCAGUUGUGAACAAUGAAAUUUUGCGGCGACAUUUUUUGGAAUUUACAACCAAUUUUCUUGCUCCCUUUGGUCCAUUCUUAAGAGCCACUACUCCUGCAGAAGGAGUUUCCCCCUUUCUGGAUCCUCCCCCACUUACUCCAUUUGAUGCUCAUGAAUUCCUGGAGGGGCUAGCCGCAAGAGGACCAGGAAAAUUCUUAUCCAAACGGAUGAGAGCAAACUGGUUAGAUCUUUACAGACGUUUUCUCAAGGGUCCAAAUUUUAUGCCAUGGUUCCAAAGAAGACGGUCGGUUGCUGAACAAGAGCAACACAGGAUAUGGAGGCAAGCUCGAGCCAAGGCUGAUGUUCGACAAUUCCUCUCAAAUAUGUGUGAGGUCGAGGUUAUUGAUUCAUUCAAUGCUGUGGAGCGGCAUCUUAUGGCAGAGAUACAGCUGCAACGCAUGGGAACUGGGACUUCAGAAUCAUCAACCAUAUGCCAAAAACUAAAGGGUGAUUUGAGGAUAAUUUUCAAUAAACUGCCAAAUGAUAUGCAGCAGUUGCUACUUUUCAAUCCUCAGCAUGCAUCUUUUCUUCAGAAGAGUUCGGAACUAACAAAACUGCCUGGACGACCUUCUGUUCAGAUUGGUCGAGUUUCAGACCCUGCUCUUCGUAACAAGUAAAUGUGCAUUUGUGGGAUAUAAGGAAAUGAAAGACAUGCUUUGCCCAAGUGAGCCGAUUUUGAAAUUUCAGAUAAAAAUGAAGUCACGAGUUUAUAUUUAUAUAUUUGGAGCACAUGAUAGCCAAGUAUUGUUUUGGAUGGUUCAUUUGUGCCUUGAUUCUCAAGCAAAAUGCAUAAUAAAGGCGGUUCUGCUCCAUAUUGCUGAUAUUCCACCUUUUACUACACUUUUCUUGUGAUUUUGGGCAUUUGACUGAAGUUGUUUGGUUCUUUUUGGAUCGAGAUGUGUAAAGUCUUUUGUACUUUAUGGUGUCUCUUAUGUUUUAUGCAUCUUUUAGUAUACUAUUCUCUUGAUUUGGGGCAUUUUAAUAAGAGUGGUUUUAUUCUUUUGGGAUCAA